AUGUAUGCUCCCUGGACACGUGCCUUUCGCGCGGCGGUACCUCACGCACCGAGAACCCGUGUAGCGACGCGUCCGGGCCGACACUUCCACGUCUCGACCGCGGCCAGAGCAGCAGUUGCCGACAACAGCCCCGACGACCCGCCCAAGGAUGGCAACGACAAGCCUGGCGGCGACGGUCGCGAGCCUGGCGACCGCGAGGAUGCCAAAGACGAGAAUCUGUUCGGCGAGAAGGCCUUGAGCGAGGCCGAACAGUCGCGAGGACGCCAGCGACGCUCCAACGGCGCUUCGUCAAGAACUCGCAACGUGAAGAGCCGCGCUCCGGAGGAGCUACCGCCUGUUCAGCUACCAGAAGACUUUCAGAAAACCAACGUUUACCAGCAUGAUGAUCUGGCAGUGGCUGAUGCCGUGUUGCGGCAAAUACUGUUCCCUCGUUCUGUGCCGGCUCUAUCGGCCUUAUACACCGAUCAGAUCGAGAGGAUGCUAGAUGUGGUCCGUAUCAGACACCUGUCCGGACGAGGGGCCACAUACCUGAGCAUAUACAACGCGCUUGCUUACGACAAAUCCGACAUUGACAGGCUGUUGGUGGACUUGCGGUCGGAUGAUCUCGAUCAUUUCUGCUUCCAAUCGGCUGUCACAGUCAACGCCGCCGCGGAUAGCGUAUUGCACCUAGCACCGCGUGCGAUUUUCGGUAACUCCGAUGCAAAGGAGGUAAUGGCGAAGCUAUUUAAGCACCGGGACGAGGUUCGAUGUCAAUCUCGUUCUUAUGAUUUAGCGAAGUAUAAGGAGAUGGAACAUUACCUAUUAAUGAAGAUUUCGAUAUCCUUGGACUCUAAGAAAUCCGUUGCAUCGGCCCUGCGGAACAUUUUCCGCUCGAAACUGCCCUUCCGGCAACCCCUAGGAAUACUACAUCACGAUCUGGCAGUCGAGGCUGCAGCUUCGAUAAGGGCCGACUUCGCAAUAAACCCGCCUCAACACAUCAAACCCGGCGAUCUGAAACGUCCCAUAACGAUCCUCAACUUUGACUACUAUUCUGGAUCCUGGUGGCCAAAGUUAGUUGUCAAAAACCUGGGGAGCGAGCUUGGAGCCAACGUUAUCCAUAUUACGGCCCAGGACAUUGCUGAAAUCGUUGGAUCAUAUCUUGGCCAGGAUACCACCCACGCUCCCGGGCCCAUCUCUUUGCUAGGGUACAAGGCAGCUGAAAAUACUGGCCGGCUGCACGGUGCGACUGCAGACGCUUCUGAGUCUCCAUUUGGCGCACAAAUGCCCUUCUCGAUCGUUUUGCCCAACGAGAAGCCGAGGAAAGAGGCCAAGAAGAAAAUGACGAUCAUGGAUUACAUUCUGCCACAGCCAAACCGAGGCAAGUCGGACGAGAUGUGGGUCGACCUGAAGAUGAACGCUGUGUUGGAGGAGAUCAUCCAUGCAGCGGACUCCAACUGUAGUGAACAGCGGCCUCUGAUCAUCCACAUCCACGAUAUCAACGCAAUCAACAUGGACGACGAAUGUGGCUCUGCCCUUUUGGGUAGAUUGCGUAAAGCAAUAGACAAUCUAUGGGUCGAGGGGCGAAAAAUCGUCCUCGUGGGGACUUGCGCGAGUCUUAAUGCACCUGCACAUUAUUCGUCCGCUCUCAAAGAGCUCGAGAGUAAUGAACGAGUCAUAACAUUUCACGAGUACGACCCAUCGAAUGAGCCAUAUCCCACGAUCGCGAAAAGGGACAAGAAUAGCGCUAACCUGGCCAAACACUUCCAAAAGCGCAUCGCAGGAGUUCAAAAGGAUGAGUACCUUGAUGAGAACGCGAGAAACAUUAAGAGUAUGCUGAAAACAUUGUUGGGAAUCAGCCAUGACUCUCGAGACCCUCGGGUUGACUUGAAAUUCCAUGCGAUGGACGAAAAAUACCAAUUUGAGUCAUUAUCUGAGUCCAUUCUACCAGUGACUGAAGUAUAUCGCAUAGUCAAGACCAUGAUAGGGUUUCCAAGGCAGCAAUCUGAUCAUUUCGACCAAGGCGUUCUGCAGGAAGCUCUUCACCUCAUAAAGCACGUGGAUGCUGCCAAGGAUCGUAUCGCCAAGACCAAAGACACGCCAUCAAAUGAGGUCAAGCGGAACGUCAUGGGCGGGAAUGGCCCUCCAGGCGGCAAUCUUGCAGACUAUGAGGAGCGCUUCAAGUCAGCGCUGGUCAACCCUGAGAAUAUUAGGACUACGUUUGGCGACGUUCAUGUGCCUCGCGAGACUAUUGACUCGAUCAAAAUGCUCACUCAAUUGUCACUUCUGCGACCUGAAGCCUUUGCAUACGGUGUAUUAGCUACGGACAGAAUUCCUGGUUGCCUGCUCUAUGGGCCACCUGGAACGGGCAAGACAUUACUUGCCAAGGCGGUUGCCAAGGAGAGUGGUGCCAACAUGGUAGAGGUCUCAGGCGCCAGCAUCAACCAAAUGUACGUGGGCGAGAGUGAGAAGAACAUUCGUGGUCUAUUCAGUUUGGCCAAGAAAAAGGAGCCUCUCGUCAUCUUCAUUGACGAGGCAGAUGCGCUGCUCGGCGCCAGAGGCCGGCGCAAUGACGGCGGCGGUCGACGGGAUGUCAUCAACCAGUUCCUCCGCGAAUGGGAUGGCAUGGACACUUCCAAAGCCUUCAUCAUGGUAGCCACAAAUCGCCCUUUCGACCUCGACGAGGCUGUCUUGCGCCGGCUUCCGAGAAAGCUUCUGGUUGACCUCCCGCUUGAAGAGGAUCGCGCUGCGAUUCUCAAGAUUCACCUGAAAGGCGAGGCACUCGAUGAUACCGUAUCCAUUGAGAAGAUGGCGAAGGACACGCCCCUCUACUCUGGUUCCGAUCUGAAGAACGUGUGUGUAGCUGCCGCAAUGGCCGCCGUCAAGGAGGAGCUGGAGGCGUCCGAGAAGCACACCGGGCCAAAGCCUUACGUCUGGCCGGAGAAGCGGAUCCUGAACCACCGCCAUUUCGAAAAGGCCCUGGCUGAGAUCCCUGCCAGCGUUAACGAGGACAUGGCUACCCUCAGUGCCAUCAAGAAGUUCGAUGAGCGGUACGGAGAGAAGAAGGCAAGACGCAAGCGUCGUGGCAUGGGUUUCGAGGUCGUACCAGAGGCCACCGACUCUCACGAGGCGAGGGUCAGAGGGGACAGGUAG